CGAGGGUUGACUCACCCCUGCUGGCUCCCUCAGUGUGCGUUCAGUGCUGGAGGUGUCCGGUCCGCCGCACGUUUGGAGCAACCCUCGUUUCGACCCCAGUCUCAGACUACCUGCAGUGGCGCCGCAUGUUUCUCUUGUGAACACUGAAGUGUGUGUGUGCUUGUUGACCGGCCACCGAGCUAGUUCUACGGACAAAAUGCAUCGAGGACUGUGUCUGAUGGUGUUGGCGGUGGGUGUGGUGAGCAGCCUCGACCUCCGUGACUGUGACCUACCCCUGGGAAUGGAGAAUGGUGACAUCCCAGACGCAGCCAUCACAGCCAGCUCGUCUUAUUGGUCCAACGUCGGACCCCAAAAUGGAAGAUUGCGUAGCGACAGCAACGGAGGUGGUUGGUGUCCAAAGCAGCAGAUCAAAGAGGGCGUCCGCGAGUACCUGCAGAUCGACCUAGGCGUGGUCCACACUGUCGGUGGUGUCCAGACCCAGGGUCGGUACGGCAAGGGCAUUGGUCUCGAGUACGCCGAAGAAUACACCCUCGAGUACAGACGGCCGGGUCUGCCGGACAACGAGUGGCGCACCUAUCGCACGUGGGACCUCAAAGAGAUAUUGACCGGCAACAGUGACACAUCGACGAUAGUUAGCCACUACCUCAAUCCGCCAAUCAUUGCCAGUCAAAUCAGAAUCCUCCCACACAGCAUCCAUCAGCGAACGGUGUGCAUGAGGGUGGAAUUGCGAGGCUGUCAGUACGAGAGUGGCAUAAUGGGCUACUCGAUGCCGGAGAGCAAGCACGAGGGCGAUCCUGGCGAGCUGCAGGACGUGCUGUUCGACGGCCUCCGCUCCGGGGGCUGGAUGAGGGGCGGCCUCGGUCUGCUGGUCGACGGACAAAUUGGCGCUGAUAAUUUCCGCGUGGAUAUUGGCUACGGAAAGGGCGCUGGCUGGGUGGGCUGGCGGAACGACACGCCGCGCUCCAGAUUCGUCGAGCUGAUAUUCGAGUUUGAUCAAGUUCGCAACUUCAGCGCCGUCAACCUGUACACAAACAACUUCUUCAGCAAGGACGCUCAAGUGUUUUCGAGAGCGAAAAUUAUGUUCAGCUACGGCGGGAAAUUUUACAACGGCCGCCCACUGACGUAUACCUACAUGCCCGACCGAAUUCUGGAACAAGCUAGAAACGUUUCCAUCCACCUUCACGGAAGAACCGGCCGCUUCGUCAAACUGCAACUUUGGUUUGCUGCCAAAUGGAUUCUGCUCGGAGAAGUCACUUUCAAUUCCGAUCCAUGGUAUGGAAACGUGACUGAGGAAACCGAAGCCAGUGUAGAUGCAAAUGAAAUGGUCGGAAACUCGAUGGUUCAUGACUCUGACUGGGAACAAUAUGAAACAAUCGCCGCUCCGCACGAGGGCCAAAGUUACGUGGAAGUGGUGGUCGGAGUGCUUUCGGCCAUCUCUCUGCUGCUGCUGCUUGUGUUUGCGGUGAUCGUGGUGCUUAGCAAGAGACACAAGCUGCAGGGAUCACCCACCACCAUCCUCAGGAACUCUUUCGGAGCCACAAUCAACAUGAAGGUUCCCUUUUUGCAGGACCUGCUGAUGAACCUGUCGCCGAUGGGCAACAGUCUCGUGCCCAUGAGUGGCCCCCUGACGCCCCCGUCGCCGGCAGCCACGCCUCUGCGCCAGGGGUCGCCCCCACCACCCACCUUGGAGGAGCUUCUGAUGACGCCGUCGGCGCCGCCGUCCUGUCCGAGCCCUCAGGGCAACCAGGUGCCGCUGAGUUCGUCGUCCAACACCCUUUACUACGAGAGGCAGUACCGGUCGCCUCUGAUCGACGCCGCCAGGGCGCAAAAUGGAUACGCGGCCACUGCUAAUCUGCACCGUGGAACGUCACUCUCAGCAGAUCUUGAUGGAAGCGACAUUGAAGACGAACAUUCGCCGCUGAGAUACAACAGCAUGGAGGGUUCAUUGCAGACCGGCGAGAGGUCCUCGAACAACCAAAUCGUCAAUUUGGGCAACUACUUUCCCAGGGUGGCCUCGGAGCCCACAAACCGCAAGAGAUACCACACUGCGCCGAGAGAGAAACACAGAGUGCCACCGCCAGUCGUGUCGUGGAACAUUGCGCCCAGCAUGGGUCACCCGUACAAGUGCAGGGAGGCCGAGGUCAACGACAUUCCCCGCUGCAUGAUCCAGAUUGUGCAGAAAAUGGGAGUCUGCCAUGCAGGAGAGGUCCUUCUUUGUGAAGUCGACAGUCCUGAAGAGGUGGGAUCAAACUGUCCUUUGGUGGCGGUCAGGGUAAACAACGAUGACGAAGGCGCCACUAGCGAGACAACCCUGCGCGAGAUCCGAUUCCUCUCGUCUCUGCAGGACAACAAUGUGGUCCGCAUGUUGGGCGUCGUGACCUCCGAGCACCCUCACUGGACCGUGCUGGAGUACCCAGAGCUCGGCGAUUUGGCGCACUUCCUGCAGUUCAGGAUCGGACCUUCACAACCGCCAACCUCGCCCUGCCCUGGAAACACCGCCUCCCUUCGACCAAAUAGCCUGCAAACGUUAAGCUUCGGGUGCCUCAUGUUCAUGGCGACGCAGAUUGCUUCGGGAAUGAGAUACUUGGAGCAGAGAAAUGUAGUUCAUAAGGAUUUAGCUGCCAGAAAUUGUUUCGUCGGUCGGGGCUACGCAGUGAGAAUCGGCGACUUUUCAAUGUGCAACCCCAUCUACAAAGAGGACUACAGUGAGAUCGGCGGCCGGCCUCCGCGGCCCAUUCGUUGGCUCCCGUGGGAAAGCAUCCUGCUCGACCGGUACACGUGCAAGAGUAGCUCAUGGUCGUUUGCGGUCACCCUGUGGGAAAUCCUCACCCUGGCCAGGGAUCGACCCUUCAACACAAUGUCCAACGAGAUGGUCAUUCAGAAUGCAGAGCGAAUGUACUACGGCGGGGAACUCGAGGUCUUCCUGUGCAAGCCUCCGAUCUGUCCAAAGGAAGUAUACGACCUGAUGUGCGAGUGCUGGAGGCGUGAAGAGGACAUGCGGCCCUCGUUCAAGGAAAUCCACAUGUUCCUCAAGCGCAAGAACAUGGGCUACCAGCCCAACAAGUAAACUCGCAUUCAACAAAAUAUUGUCCAGUUUUUGGAAUGUCGGUUGACUCUCAACAAAUGGUGCUUCCAGGAUCGAAAGACGAAACGCGCGCUGGUUUCUCUCACACUAUUCUAAUUAAAAUGUAAAACUCCUCAUAAAUUGUAAAUAUCAUUGAUAAAAAUGAAGGUUAAAUUGCAAGAAGAGGAAAGACUCGAGUCACGAGUAGUAUUUUUAUCAUUGGCUAGCAGCAGGGUAUAUUUUAAUAUUUUACCACAAAUGGACGAAAGAGAGCCGGUGUGAAAUUUUAAAAGUGAAUAAUUGGCUGAUUUGUUUGUUGGAGGGGAAAACUAUUAUAUAAAUAUUCAAUAAAUGUGUAAAUACAAUAUUAUCUGGAUGUACAUUUUUAGGCACUGACUAAUUGUAAAGAAAUUCUAGUCGUAAGAUUGUUCAAAAGGCGAUAUAGUAGUGUGCGUUGCUGGAAGAUGUUAUUGAAAAUCCAAAAGUGAGAAUUUGUUAAAUUAGUUAUGUAAAAAAAAAGCUAUGAAAAACAUUCGAAUGGACCAUUGCAAAAUUCCUGAUAGUGUCUAGACUAUUAAGUGAUCUGGAAUUAAAUCUUUCGGUGGAUCGAAUCGAUAACUCGUAGGAUUUGCAGCAAUUCUGCGUAUUCAAGUAAAAAUUUCAACUCUGGGCACAAGUCUAUUGCAUUUUUAUAAAGAAAAUUCUACUAAAAUUAUUAAAGUCUUCAUUUAAAUAGUAUUUUGAAGUAGAUGAGCAAAAAAUAAUGCGUGCAUUUAUAAAUUUCAAACAUUCAAAAUUGUCAUCUAGAAACUUAGCAUUAUUUUGAAAGCAUUAUCCUCAUCUCUAGUCAAAUAUAAGUGUGAUAAAUGCAAAUUAAUUACUAACUAAGAUGUAAGGCACACCCAAAUUAUGAUUUAAUUUUGAGAUUCUUCUGUAAAAUAUCAAUUUAAUUAAUUAUUUUUUUUUUUAUACAAAUUCACUUUGGAGGUUAAGAAAUCUAGGCAAUGCUAUAGAUUGACAUAAGUUUCAGAAAUGAUAUUAAUGAAUCAUUAAUUUAUUAAAAUGUUGCCAAAACUAUCAGGUGCGUCAUUAAUUAAUUGUGAUUUUUAAUCACUGAAAUAAUAGGAGAGUUUACGCGCGCCAACUGUGCAUAUAAUCAGUGUGCAACGAGUUCCUCGCCCCUAGUCACGUGGAUCCGUAAUAAUUAUUUGUAAAACUGGACUAAUUAAGUGUGAUGUCAUCUCUGUAAAAAGUGGCUAAGGAACUGAAACCAAUCAUCAUUUUGUGUGGCACAAACACGCCUGAUUUAUUGUUUGUUGUUAAUUAUAACAUGAAAAAUUCGUCAAUAAAAUCAUCAAAUAAAGCUGAUAAUGGAGACAUGAUUUCUUUUUCUCAGCUACAUUAAUUAUUAAUAUAGAAAUUGAA